UACAGCAACCUUUUACUUGAAAUAGUACCUUCAAUGGAGUUUAAGAAUCACUUCAACUCUAUUUCACUUUGAGUUCCAUCACUCUCACAACCCCAUUCCACUCCUCUCCACUACCACUUUCAUCUACACACUCUCUUUUUCACACUUCUCUUUUUCCAAAAUGCUUUUCACAUUCAUUGUUCUUUUCCCUCCUCUACUUCAUCUGACACACUCUCUUCCCAUUCACCAUACCAACCUCUUUCCACACACUUUUCUUCAUUCUCUUCACGUGCCCUUCUGACAUUUCUCUAGUCUCCACUUCUCUCUCUCAAUCAUCUAUCUUUUUCUCUUCAAAAACCGUUGCUUUACCUUAUAGGAAAUUUCAAUUUCUUAUCUUUUUUCUAUUUUUGCACUGUACAUUUCUUCUUCUUUUCAAAGGGUUUUCAAAGGGUCUUCAAGGGUAUGCAAAGUUUAAAUUUUUAUACUGUUUUGAUGUACUAUUCCUGUAUCAGUUGAAGUGGGGUCUUUGAUCUUGUUAUUAUGGAGUCUUGGAAUUUUGUUUCUCAAGAUAAAGGUUCAAUCUUUGGUUGGGAUUUGAAAACCCCAUCUAGUUUUUUAGGUCAACAAACCAUUGAAAAUGAGACCAAUCAAAGUUUUGAGGAAUUGGGUUUUCAUGGAAUGUUGGGGAAACAAUUGAUGAAUAAUCUUGAUGAUGAUGUUGUUGUUGGUGGUAGUAGCAAAAUUGUUAUGGCUGGACCUAAUGCAUUUUCAGUUAGUUCACAAGAACACUUCAAUUCCAAGCUUUCAAACUCAUUGGUAGACACUAAUGAUUGUAAUUCACUCAUUGAUUUGAAGCUUGGUGGAUUUGGUGAUCAUGGAGGUGCAAUUGGUGCAUCAUUCUCUAAGGGGGGUGCGGUUUUAUCGUCGUCGUCUGGAUCGUUACCGCCGACGAAGAGGGUGCGGUCUUCGGGAGUGAACUCGCAGAUUGCUUACUGUCAAGUGUAUGGAUGUAAUAAGGAUCUGAGUGGUUGUAAAGAGUAUCACAAGAGGCAUAAAGUUUGUGAGAUUCAUUCAAAGACUUCUAAAGUUAUUGUUAAUGGAAUUGAACAAAGGUUUUGUCAACAAUGUAGUAGGUUUCAUUUGCUGGCUGAAUUUGAUGAUGGUAAGCGUAGCUGUCGUAAGCGUCUUGCAGGCCAUAACGAGCGCCGAAGAAAGCCACAAGUUGGUAUUCACUCUGGAAGAGCUGGGAGGUUGCUUCAACCAUAUGGCGAUAGCAGAUUCCAGGGAAGCAUGCUAACAUCGGCAUCUUUUAUAUGCCAAGAUAUACUCCCCAGCGAGGUCUUUUCUCCUGAGAGAUGUGGAGCUAGUAACUGGUGGAGACCUAUAAAAGCCGAAGACGGAACCGGAACUGGUUUUAGGCCUCUUUCUUCUAUUCCAAUUACCAAUGCACAUCCUCAUUCAAGAACUCUAUUUCCUUCAUAUGGCGAUAAACAAUUUCCCUUUCUACACGAAAAUGCUCCUACGUCUGCUACAGGAAGCAUCUUCUGUGAAGACAAUAGCCAAUAUCCUCCUAUCCUCGAAGGCUCAAAUUCCAGAUCACAAUCAUUAUUCCAAGAUACCUCCUUAGGAAGCGAAGACUUCAAUGUUUUCGAAACAGAAUCAACUGUUCAAGGAUUAUCGGGAGUAUCAGAUGGUGGUUGUGCUCUCUCUCUUCUGUCAUCUCAAUCCCAGAACUCUUCAAGCCAAUCGUCGGGAAUUCCCGUGCCGCGUCAUCUGGUCAUUCCGAGCAGCCAUAGCCAUUAUAACAUGAAUCAGGUUUCUGAUAAAAUGAUAGGAAUGAGUUCACAAGCAUCAAGUGGUGUGUCAGAUAGGUUUCCGUCUGAAUUAAAUCCGACAGACGGAAAUCAUCUCAGUCCUAUACUGAUAUCAGACAACAAUGAAAUUGUCCAUUUUGAAAUGGCAGAUCGGAUUUUUCAAGGGUCAGAUUUUAUCAAUGUAAAAGAUCGUCUUUCGAGUGAAGACGGCACGACCAUUGACUUGCUUCAACUUUCCUCACAACUUCAGCGCGUUGAGCACCAGAGACGAGCCUUGCAGGUGAAGCAAGAAAAUGGUUCUUCUUGCUCUCUCCGGAUUACUUAAAAUGCUUUUGACAGGUAACUCGUGCUUAGGCAGCAUGCAUGUUAUGACAGACACCAAUGCUAGUAAUCUUGAUCAAUGUAAGGCAUAGAGAAGGAGAAACUUAGUAUCUGGCUCUCCUGCAACCCAUGAGAUACUAACUAGAUUAAGUAAUUUUCUUGCGCUGAAUACGGAACGAAUAUCUGACAAAAGGUUCUGAUGCAAUAGUCCCUUAGUCUACAUAAAAUCCAACUAGAUGUAUAAUAAUAAACAAAAGCCUGAGAUGUAUCAAAGUGUGACAUUCAGGUUUUUUACAAAAAAUACUUCAAUCUGAAGUCUAAUAAUGUUGAAAUUUUGAUGAAUGUUAAUUCUACAGUAAUAGUAAUACAUUAUUCCAUCUUAGUAUUGUGUUAACCGUUUGUCAAGAAUCCAACACAGGAAGGUAGAUUGCUCUUUACUAGGAACAAAUGAGACACCUUAUAUUGGUAAUUUUAUAUGAAUUUGAAAAAAAAUGUCAAUGUUAAUGAAUUUGUUGAAUUCAGAAACUACUUUGACUGAUCCUUUGGUGCACAUAAUGUCUAGUACAACUUCCAUCUUUUUUGGAACUUCUAGAAUAUAUCAUGUACAUUCUUGAGAAUCUCAGAAAUUUGAAAAUGAUAUAAAAUUGAAUAUAAGAAACUUAGUGGAAAGAUUUAACAAGUUUCCUUAUGAUAAGUGGACAAUUGUCAACAAUUUCUAAUUAAAGACCGAUAAGAAUCCAUAUCUCUGCGGCUUGCAACAAUAGUGGCGGAAUUAGAUUGCUUAGAAUACUGAAAAUGUUGCGAUUUUGUCCCUUGUUACUCUAAAAACGACCCUGUUUCGGAUGGGCUAACAGCUCACAAAACUCAAUAUACAUAGGCCCAAUUACCCUGAGAGGACUGAGAGCGAAUAAGACCGGUUUAAUCCACAU